CCUCAGUAGCACUGCCACUCUCAGAGGGACCAGUCAACGAGAUAUCUGGUUGUAUUUCUUGAGCAGUUAAGAACGGAUCGUUUGUUCCCACAGACAUAUCUGUCAAAUUACUACUGUACUUACGGAGAAAACUCAAUGAUGAGUAUUACAAUAGGAAUUUUAUGUUUCAUCACCUACUCUCAUCAUCUCGUUAACAGCCAAACUACUCCCAAUGGUCCUAUGGUGGUAAUAACUUGGGAUUACCAGGAUGCAACGGACCUUGCCUGGAAAGUUCUCAAUGAAGAGAAGAAAAGCUCUAUCGAUGCUAUUGAGGCAGCAGGGAGUCUGUGCGAGGAGAUGCAAUGCAGGACUACAGUUGGUUAUGGUGGAAGUCCUGACGAGGCUGGAGAAACUACUCUGGAUGCUAUGAUAAUGGAUGGGGUAAAUAUGGACGUUGGAGCAGUUGGAGGUAUAAGGAAAAUCAAAAGUGCCAUAUCAGUUGCAAGGAAAGUACUGGAAAAUACAAAACACACUCUAUUGUGUGGAGAUCAGGCCAAAGAGUUUGCUGUGAAGAUGGGAUUCAAGGAGGAAUCACUGACCACCAAUUCUUCGAUUGAUAUGUGGCAGAAAUGGAAAGCUAACAAUUGUCAACCAAAUUUCUGGAAGAAUGUCUCUCCGGAUCCUUCAAAGUCGUGUGGCCCUUACACUCGAAAAGAGCAAUCGUGUACAUCAUAUGACACAAGUAACCUCAUCUGUGGAGAAGAUAAUCAUGAUACCAUUGGAAUAGUAGCAGUCGACAUUAAUGGAAGGAUCGCUGCAGGGACCUCUACCAAUGGGGCCAGGUACAAGAUUCCUGGACGCAUUGGGGACUCACCCAUUCCAGGGUCAGGUGCCUACGCGGAUCAACAAGUUGGAGCUGCUGCUGCAACUGGCGAUGGCGAUAUUAUGAUGCGAUUUGUACCGAGUUUUCUUGCUGUUGAAGAAAUGCGUCGUGGUGCAACCCCAACGGCAGCAGCUGUGAAAGUGAUAGCAAGAAUUGUCAAACAUUACCCAACAUUUACUGGUGGAGUCAUUGCAAUUGAUACCAAUGGAAAAUAUGGUGCAGCUUGUAAUGGUAUACCAUCUUUUCCAUUUUACGUUGCUAAUUUAGCUCUGGGAAAAGCAACCCGUAAGUCUGUUUCUUGUAAUAAUUUGGUCAAACCUCAACCAGGAGUAACCAUUAUAUAAGUACCUUUUUAUUUUUACAUAUAUUUGUUAUAAUAAAUAUAAUCAGACAACAAA